CUUUGAAGCUGCCAGGGGGGCCGGGAAGCCUGCCCCCUCCUGCCCGCCCGCCCUCUCCGCCCCCCCAGCCCCCUCCCUUUUUUCCUCCCUCCCCGCCCUCUCCCCGCUGUCCCCUCCCCGUCGGCCCGCCUGCCCAGCCUUUAGCCUCCCUCCCGCCGCCUCUGUCUCCCUCUCUCCACAAACUGCCCAGGAGUGAGUAGCUGCUUUCGGUCCACCGGACAGACCGGACAGACAGACGUGCGGACGGCCCACCACCCCAGCCCGCCAACUAGCCAGCCUGAGCCUGGUGCCUCCCCUCUCCAGGCCCAUCCGCCAUGUGGCCCCUGUGGCUCCUCGCGUCUCUGCUGGCCCUGAGCCAGGCCCUGCCCUUUGAGCAGAGGGGCUUCUGGGACUUCACCCUGGACGAUGGGCCGUUCAUGAUGAAUGAUGAGGAAGCUUCGGGCGCCGACACCUCGGGCGUCCUGGACCCAGACUCUGUCACACCCACCUACAGCGCCAUGUGUCCUUUUGGCUGCCACUGCCACCUGCGGGUGGUUCAGUGCUCCGAUCUGGGUCUGAAGUCUGUGCCCAAAGAGAUCUCGCCUGACACCACUCUGCUGGACCUGCAGAACAACGACAUCUCUGAGCUCCGCAAGGAUGAUUUCAAGGGUCUCCAGCACCUCUACGCCCUCGUCCUGGUGAACAACAAGAUCUCCAAGAUCCACGAGAAGGCCUUCAGCCCCCUACGGAAGCUGCAGAAGCUCUACAUCUCCAAGAACCACCUGGUGGAGAUCCCGCCCAACCUGCCCAGUUCCCUGGUGGAGCUCCGCAUCCACGACAACCGCAUCCGCAAGGUGCCCAAGGGCGUGUUCAGUGGGCUCCGGAACAUGAACUGCAUCGAGAUGGGCGGGAACCCACUGGAGAACAGUGGCUUUGAACCUGGAGCCUUCGAUGGCCUGAAGCUCAACUACCUGCGUAUCUCAGAGGCCAAGUUGACUGGCAUCCCCAAAGACCUCCCUGAGACCCUGAAUGAACUCCACUUGGACCACAACAAAAUCCAGGCUAUCGAACUGGAGGACCUGCUCCGCUACUCCAAGCUGUACAGGCUGGGCCUGGGCCACAACCAGAUCCGAAUGAUCGAGAACGGGAGCCUGAGCUUCCUGCCAACCCUCCGGGAGCUCCACUUGGACAACAACAAGCUGGCCAGGGUGCCCUCGGGGCUCCCAGACCUCAAGCUCCUCCAGGUGGUCUAUCUGCACUCCAACAACAUCACCAAAGUGGGUGUCAACGACUUCUGUCCCGUGGGCUUCGGGGUGAAGCGGGCCUACUACAAUGGCAUCAGCCUCUUCAACAACCCCGUGCCCUACUGGGAGGUGCAGCCGGCCACUUUCCGCUGCGUCACUGACCGCCUGGCCAUCCAGUUUGGCAACUACAAAAAGUAGAGGCAGCUGCAGCCACCGUGGGGCCUCGGUGGGGGUCUCUGGGGAGCACAGCCAGACAUCCUGAUGGGGAGGCAGAGCCAGGAAGCUAAGCCAGGACCCAGCUGCGUCCAACCCAGCCCCCCACCUCAGGUCCCCGACCCCAGCUCGCCGCCCCAUCACGGCCUCUCCCUGGCUCCCAAGGGUGCAGGUGGGCGCAAGGUCUGGCCUCUAUCACAUGCUCCCUCCGCCUCAGAGCUGCCCCUGCUCUCCCACCACAGCCACCCAGAGGCACCCCAUGAAGCUUUUUUCUCAUUCACUCCCAAACUCAAGUGUCCAAGGCUCCAGUCCUAGGAGAAUGGUUCCUGGGUCAGCAGCCAGGAGGUGUUCCAUAAGAAUGGGGACAGUGAACUCUGCCAGGGCUGCUGCACCUGUCCAGACAGGCAUGUUCUGUUCCUCCUCCUCAUGCAUUUCCAGCCUUUCAACUCUCCCCACUGCCGCAGCUCCCCUCAGCUCCCUUGCAAGUUCGUGGCCUGUCCCUCCCAGCCCCCCUGCUCCACUGGCCCUUCGACCAGUCCUCCCUUCUGUUCUCUCUUUCCCCUUCCUUCUCCUCUCAAUCUCUCUCUUUCUCUCUCUCUCUCUCUCUCUCUCUCUCUCUCUCUCUCUCUCUCUGUGUGUGUGUGUGUGUGUGUGUGUCUUGUGCUUCCUCAGACAUUUCUCGCUUCUGAGCUUGGUGGCCUGUCCCCUCCAUCUCUCCAAACCUGGCUUUGCCUGUCCCUUUCUCUCCACACCCUCUGGCCUUCUGCCUUGAGCUGGGUCUGCUUUCUGUCUGUCCAGCCUGCACCCAGCCCCUGCCCACGAAACCCCAGGGACAGCGGCCUCCUCAGCCUGCCCUGCUCAGGCCUUGCCCCCAAACCUGUACAGUCCCAGAGGAGGCUGGAAGUUGGAGGCCCAGCAUCCUGCCCAGAUGACACCAUCAAAGAGGGGAGCCUUAGGCCUGUCAGGCCCUGGCCCUUCUGCCCCAAAGAGAGGAGAGGCCCCACAUUCCGCCAGAGUCCCAGACACCGGUUUUCAUGGAACCCCCUCACCGCCACUGGCGGCUAGGUCUCCCCUUUCCUUCUGGUUCAGCGCAAGGAGGGGCUGCUUCUGAGGUCGGUGGCUGUCUUUCCAUUAAAGAAACACUGUGCAACACGG